AUGAGGAAGAGACGAACCCGUGAUCGCCACGAGCGUCCAAGUACAGGUGUACUUAGAGUGCACCUCGAGCAUCUCACGAUGCAUGCCGUACCUGAAAAAUUAGCUUCCUUCAAAGGCUACUAUAUGUACCUGAAGGGCUCCUUGCGCGGGAGAGACCAUCCAGCCAGACCGCCCCCAUCGCCGCUUUCCUCCCACUGUGCACUUCCCCGCACACCCAACCUUUUCGUCGCCUUCGGCCCUCUCUUCUGCGUGUAUGUCGAGAUGGCAUCCAGCCGCUCGUCUCUCUCCUCCUCGUCGACGUGCUGGGGGCCUUAUGAUCUCGACUCGCAUGUGCCGGAGAACACGGAGAACACGGAAGAGCAAGCCUUCGCGUCUACCUCGACUCUCGUCAAUGACGCCCCGUCCCUCAGCCUCGUGUUCGACCGCAACAGCGUCAUCAAUGCAACACUUUACUCCCGUGCAGGUCCAAUGUACAAGAUCACGACGAACAAAAACGUCACGCGCACGGAUUUGUGUGAUUUGGCGGAGCAGAGGGUUGUCGCGACGGUAAAGAGGAGGGAGAUCUUCCCAGAUGUCGUGGUGUUUGCGCACCGGAGAGGGAAGUCGGUGAGGAUUAGUAAGUGGUUGAAGGCGACAAAGGUGCCUGGAUCGAGACCCACUGCUUCAAUUGAGACGGAGACUGGGCGAUUUACCUGGAGAUCGGACGAAACACAUCGGCUCGCGCUAUACCCAGAGGAUGAAACUGAAUUCCCCAUUGCCUACCUGCGGACGGUGCUCGAACCACCAACGAUAGGCCUUAUGAUCAACGCCAGCACGGACACCAUGCGCAUCGAAACUAUCACUUCGUUCCUCAUCCUCGAGCAUAGACUCAGGAUGCAAGAAAAGCAGCGAGAAGCCCACCUUUAUGGAUUAAGUGGGCCGUUUGUCGUGAUGGGGUAG